AUGCUCUAUGUUGCUGAUUUUGGAAAUCAUCGUAUUCAACGAUUUCAUCCGAUUGGCAACGUAACGGGUGAAACGGUAGCGUGUAAUGGUGCACAGGGGAUCAGUCUGUAUCAGCUUUCAAAUCCAACGAGUUUAGCUAUUGAUGUCAACGCCCAGAAACUGUUUGUGGCUGAAGCUGGUACUUUCAGAGUUGCUAGUUGGAAUUUAAAGAAUUAUACGGAAGGUGGUACGUGCAUUAUUGGCUGUUCGGAAUCAGAAAUCGGUAUCUUUUCAUACGGAUUAACAUUUCACUCGCAUGGAAGUUUAUUUCUUGUUCAUGGAAAUGAAAAUCGUAUUCGUAAAUUUAAUCCUCCUCCAACAUAG